UUAUUUAUUAUUAUUAUUAUAAAAAAGAAAGAGAAAAUAAACUUUGAAUUUAUUUUUUAUCGUGAUUUUAUAGAUUUUAUUAAAGAUGGCGGAGAACAUAUUCGGGGUUCUGAAUGCGAUCAAAAAAUUUUAAGCAAAAAAGAAUCCAGCGGUCAUGUUUACAGUCCAAAUUAUCCAUUUCCUUAUAUUCCAAAAAUAGUCUGCCGAUAUUUUAUUUACGGUAUGCAAGACUCUCAACAUUUGGAAAGAGUCAAAUUGGAAUUUUUUAAAUUUGAAAUUCCCAAAGGAAGCAAAGGAGAUUGCAGCGAUGGUUACCUAAAACUUUAUUUAAAAGGACAAGAAGCAACGGAUUCCUACGACAAAUACGAUCACGAAUUAUGCGGGGGUGAAAGUAAUCCCAGCGUUAUGACUUCUGAAGGCCCUCGUUUAGUUAUGGUUUUCAGUAGUGGAGAAUUGCAGGAAUACAAAAUUCCUGGGACUGCAGCACCGGACGGAAGUUGCACAUUUACUUAUAGUAGCAUAAGUAGAAAAAAAGGGGAAUUUAAUUCGCCGAGAUAUCCAUCCAAUUAUCCAAGUGAAACAAAUUGCACAUAUCUCUUCAUGGCGACACCUAAUGAGCAAGUGACAAUCGUCUUUGAUCAUUUUAAAGUGAGAGCUGAUGGAGCCAAUUCAACUUCCGAUUGGCUUGAAAUAUAUCAAGUUUAUAGAUUUAAUGAAAAACUUGUUGGGAGGUAUUGCGGUAUGACAGCUCCAGGGCCAAUAGAAUCAAAUCGGGGGGCAACAGGUCUCAAAAUUAUUUUACACACAGAUCAUGAGGGGGUUUACAGUGGUUUCAAAGCGAGUCCUAAUUUUCCAUUAAAUUACGAAGGUCCUGGAAGAGGUUUAGCGAGUAAAACAUGUAAUUGGUUUAUUAAAGUCAAACCAAAACAUAAAAUACUUUUAUAUUUUGAAAUUUUUGCUGUCGAAGGGGAGCCUUCUGGUAAAGGAUGUCCGGCUGCUGUUGUACGAUUGUGGACUUCCAACGACGGCAUGCCUUUGGAAUUAUGUGGUGAAAAAACGGCAGAAGAAAAAUGGGAAUAUAUUUCCGACAGCAAUACUAUGAGAAUUAGUUUUAUAUCAGCUGAUAAAUCAGCUGGAGCUCAAGGUUUUCGAGCCAUAUGGACAGAAUUUUCAAAAGACGAAGAAUGUUCAGAAUUUUUAUGCUCAGAAAGUAAAUUAUGCAUUGCACAAAAACUUCGGUGCAACAGGGUGGCUAAUUGCGGAGCAAAAGAUACUUCAGAUGAGCUUAAUUGUAAUUUUCUUUUUUUUUUUUACAUUUAA